CAGAGUAACAAAGAAAGAGAAGAGGAAUUCGAGAACAGAUAGAAAAAUCUAUCUACCUUUUCCUUUCUUAUCUUCUUUUUUUCGUUUUCCUGUAACAAAAUCUGGCAUGAAGGUUCCAACAAAGACAACAUUUUAUACAUGCCAGAGAUAUCCGUAAACAUUUGUGAUUAAGACAAAAAAAAAAAAAAAAAAAAAACUUCCCAAAUCUCAAUAACUUCCUUCUUGUUCUCUCCAAGCAGGUUGAAAAUAAAUUUGCAGGGUUUGAACAUAUUUAAGGGGGUAAUAUUGAAGUUUGGGUCUGAAAAGGUGAGGAAAUUAGAAUAUCUAGGAGGUAAUAAAGCAAAGCAUGCCACAAAGUUCAAAACUGAGAAGAGCCCUUGGGGCAGUGAAGGAUCAAACAAGCAUAGGCCUAGCGAAGGUGGGAAGCAGCGCUUCACUUGCAGACCUUGAUGUGGCGAUUGUGAAGGCAACGAGGCACGAUGAAUACCCUGCAGAAGAGAAGUACAUAAGGGAGAUUCUGAGCCUCACAUGUUACUCUCGAGCAUUCAUCACUGCAUGUGUUAACACCCUUGCAAGGCGUCUCAACAAGACUAAGAGCUGGACUGUGGCUUUGAAAACGAUCAUUUUGAUCGAAAGGCUGCUAUUAGAUGGUGAUCCUGCGUAUGAACAAGAAAUUUUCUUCUCCACUCGACGCGGGACUCGUCUUCUCAACUUGUCUGAUUUUCGUGACAACUCCAAAUCCGGUUCAUGGGACUUCUCUGCGUUUGUGCGCACGUGUGCGUUGUUUCUAGAUGAAAGGCUUGAGUACAAGAUGCAGAGCCGGCGGGGGAGACGUGGCAUGUAUAGUGUUGAUGAAGAUGAGGAGAGAGAAACAGAAACAGAAACAGAAGAAGCAGAAAUAGAAAAAGAAAGAGAAAUGGCUGUAAGAUCCACACCAGUAAAUGACAUGAAGUUAGAGCAAAUCUUUUCCAAAAUGCAGCAUUUGCACUUGCUGCUUGAGCGCUUUUUAGCUUGUCGCCCCACAGGGGCGGCAAGGAACCAUCGAAUUGUGACAGUGGCUCUGUACCCGCUCGUGAAGGAGAGUUUUCUGAUAUAUUAUGAUACAACAGAAAUACUGAGUAUCUUGAUUGAUCGGUUCCCUGACAUGGAGGUACGCGAGUGUGUGAAGGUGUAUGACAUAUUUUGCCGCGUCGGGAAGCAAUUUGAGGAGCUAGACCUCUUCUACGGAUGGUCUAAGACCGUUGGAAUUGCACGCUCUUCGGAGUACCCUGAGAUUGAAAGGAUCACGUUAAAGAAGUUAGAGGUCAUGGAAGAGUUUAUCAAGGACAAGUCCGCAUUAGCACAAUGCAACAGACCUGAACUACUAGAAAAUACGAAUGAAAAAGAAGAGGAGGAACCGGAACCGGAACCAGAGCCAGAACCGGAAGAGGAUCCUAAUGCGACGAAGGCACUACCAGCACCUGAGGAAAUCAAGGUGGAAACGGUUGAAGAAGUGAUGGAGGAGCCAAAGGAAGAAAAAGUGGUGCAGACAGAGGGUGAUUUGUUGAAUUUAGGAGAUGACACGAUGACUAGUGAAUCACAAGGGGAUAAACUGACCUUGGCCUUGUUUGAUGGAGAAGCAGCAGCAGCAGCGGCACCAGGUUCCACACAAGCGCUUCUUCCAUGGCAUGCAUUUGAUGAAGAGGCAGAUUGGGAAACAGCACUUGUUCAAUCAACAUCGAACUUGUCGAACCAAAAGCCAACAUAUAGUGGUGGCUUUGAUGCAUUGUUGUUGGAUGGCAUGUAUAAACACGCAGAGAUGAAUAGAGCCAUGCAGGGAGUAGGGUAUGGGAUGAGUGGAAGUUCUAGUAGUGUGGCACUUGGUUCAGCUGGAAGGCCUGCAAUGCUAGCAUUGCCAGCACCCCCAACAACAGGACCUGGAGAUUCCAAUUCCUAUUCAGAUCCAUUUGCAGCUUCUUUGGCUGUGGCACCUCCCUCUUACGUUCAAAUGUCAGAUAUGGAGAAGAAGCAGAGGCUAUUGAUUGAAGAACAGAUGAUGUGGCAGCAAUAUGCAAAGGAUGGCGUGCAAGGACAAACAGCAUUCGCAAAACUGCACUCUAACAAUACUAAUCAUUUUUACAAUGGAGGCUAUCAGCAAAAUUACACCAACUUUUAACAGAAGACAGGUUUUUCCUUCGUUGGGACCUGUCCCUACCCUUUCACUCUUUCCCCCUAUUCUGAAUGGCAGAAAAUUUUACUCAUCACAUUAGAAACACAUGUUUUCAUUAUUUUAUUAGAAUACGAAUGCAAAAAGACAUUAAAGAUUACCGAUGCUAACUAAGAUCGCUUACAAAAUCUAAUGGUGUUAAAUGUUUUCUUUCGUUGCCCACUUCAGAAAGCUAGUAAAAUACUGUUACGAACUUUUUCCUGAAUAAACCCACCCAAUCGAUUUGACACGAACCGAAUUUCAUCCAGAUGAGUUAAAUUUUAAAAUACUAAAUGAUACUAAAACCUAUCCGUGUAUCCAAUUAAUAAUGACAUUAAUUAUUCAAUAACUCAAUUUUUACUAUAUACAGUAAUGUUUAAACAGUACAACAUUUCAAUUCAAAAACAAUUGGCAAUGUCUUCUGGUUACUUCAGUUCAGGUUCUAUUCUCACUGAUAAUCAAAAUUCAAUUGAUUUUAUCAUUGAAAGUUUGCUCUCGAUUUAAUUACAUAAAUCCCAUCAAAUUCGUAACAAAAUAUUUUGCCAUUACUCCUUAUAAAGAAAAAAAAAAGGGUACAAAAUUAAACUAAAAUUAGUUUUAAUUUUUAAGGAUUCAUUACAAACAUCGUCCAAUUUUAAAAGCAAAGUUCAAAUAAUCAGUCAUCAAAUUACUCAACGUUUCUUGUUUACUUGGUUAUCUCAUUUCAUAUUUCUAUUAGUUGUUCUUACUCCCAUCAUCUUAAAGUAGAGAGAACACAAGUAUGUAGUCAUUUUACCUUUUCAUUUUAAUCUUCAGCGACAUCUAAAUGUAGAGACACAUUGUCAGAAACCAAAGGAGAAAAAUAAAAUGACAACUACAAUAAAGGACGGAUUCAUCGACAAGAUCGCUUUAAUGUAUGAUUUUGUCACCCGUUCUCCUCUAAACCCAAGUCAUACAGAUCCAAUACAGUACAUGCUACUUGUACCAGUUAUUUAUACAAGCUAACAUAAUUUCCUAGCACACAAUUUAAGAUCAUAUCAUAAAUACAUUGAAUUAACAUUUUAUGUUUGCUCUUAGUUUAGCACCUCUACCCCAAAAGACAGACUAAAAAAUGUAACUACAGACAAAUAUUCUACACUCAAAGGAAUUUUACGUAAAGAACCUAGAAAUAAUUAUUCGCAAACUUAUUUAAGACAAGUGCAGACAACUUAACUAAGUAUCAAACUCCAGAACAAAUUUAUUGCACCAAAUGGCAAAGCCACGAGAAUUGUUGAAGGCAAUGCCAACUCACUAAAAUUCAAGGCUGAAACUUAGUCAGAGGACUCACUAGAACUCACAAAAUCAUGGCUCCUCUAAAUCAAUGGCUACUUAUACAGUUAGACACGAUCUAAAAGUGUAAGAGGAAGGGGAUGUAACUACAGCUUCACAACUAUAUAACCAUUCCUUAGCUUAGUUAACAGUAUACGUAUGGACACUUUGAGGACUGCACUUCACAUAUAUGAUCCCAAAACACUAUAUCUAUCCGAGGCACCCCCGAAUAACUAGGUAACCCAGAAG